UGAUCUAGCCAAGGAAUGCGAGAUCGGAGGUUGAGAAUCCAUCCAUGGACGCAAAUAAAUCCCUGAUUCGGUCUCCCCACACUCCCGAUCUCACCAAGAUGAAAUCGCUUGCGUGUCGCUUCCCCACCGCCUCCAAAUCCCCAGCCUUGGUCGUGCAUUCCUCGUGUCACCAUGCUGGCCACGGCCCUGGUUUGCGCACGCAAGGUGUCUCCGUGCGUCCUGGCUGGUGCGGCUUUCGUCACGGUCGUGUCAGUCCUCGGUGCCGCGGUCGUGAGGGGGCGGGGUGGUCGACUCGGGGGUGCGAACGGAGCAAAAGAGCCGUCGCCAACUUUCUGGAUUGACGCGCCGAGGGAACCACAAUCGCAGGUCGUAUCGGCGCACGAGGCUGGGAGUCUUCCAUACCCCCAAGAUGCUCUUCCGGGAGGCAGGGACGCCGAAACGCCCUAUGGGACCAUCCGCGUGUUCGAAUGGGGUCCUGAGGAUGGCGAGCGUGUGCUGCUCCUCCACGGAAUUAGCACGCCUUGUCUGGCCCUCGGAGGGAUAGCGCACACGCUUGUCGAGUCUGGGUACAGGGUCAUGCUGUUUGACUUCUUUGGGAGGGGUUACUCUGACACACCGGCUGGCCUGUCGUUUGACCUGCGCCUCUACUCAUCACAAAUCCUUUUGGUCCUCGCCUCGUCCAGCCUGCCAUGGACGGGUGAUGGCGGGUUCCACCUGAUGGGCUAUUCCCUGGGCGGUGGUGUGGCCGCAUCUUUCGCGAGCUACUUUCCCCAUAUGCUUCGUUCACUCACUCUCGUUGCCGGAGGAGGCCUCAUCCGCCGUGCGCACGCCAGCUGGACGAGCAAGCUGCUGUACUCCAGCGGCAUCCUCCCGAACUGGCUGCUCGAAAGGCUGAUCCGGUCGAGGCUGAUGCCUGCCAAGCAGCAGCUGGGGCGACACCCCCGGCCGGAAGACUGCGGGCCGGGUCCGACCGCUCCGCCCGAGCAGCCGGCGGCACUUGCGGAGGCGGAUAUGCUUUUAGCGGAUCUCCGGGCGCCGGGCCGCGGCGAUGUCCGGCCGCAUGGCAAUAGCGACGCAAGUGGCGGCGACUCGUUCGACAACGCCGUGCUCCCAAACGGCGCCACUGUUGCGUCUGUCAUGGAGUGGCAGCUCCGGAACCACGCAGGCUUCGUGCGUGCUUUUAUGAGCACGCUGAACCACGGCCCGAUAUUUGAAGAGCGUGAGACCUGGCGCAGACUAGGGUCCCGGCUGGCCGAGCGCCGUCAUCCGCGGGCCGGCAGCAAUGGCACCGGCCAUCAGAAACUUGAGCCGGGGCUUACAGGCGGCAAAGUGCUCCUCGUGCUCGGGGCGUCGGACCCGGUCAUUGUGAUGGAUGAGCUGGUUCCGGACGCCACCAAUGUCCUGGGGCCUGACGGCCUUCAGACCGUGGUGCUUGACGCGGGACACGAGGUAGCCAUAGUCAAGGGGCCCGAGGUCGCGAUGGCCGCAAUGCAGUUCUGGGAGCAGAGUGCCAAACCAACCAACUCCCCCAAGGACUCUCUAGCUAGCACGUUCGGUAUAUAAGACGUGGCAGACCUAGACAUACGUAGACGCCUAGAUUUCCUAGACCUAGAACAUAGAGGGUGUUAUACGACCGUACUGCCGCAGCAAGGACCGCCACUG